AUGGGGAUUAUCGAAUAUUGGGAUCCUACUACACUUCAGUUCCCUGAAAGUGGGGUUAAUUUCAAGUUGAAAAGUGAUACUGAUUUGUUUGCGAUUGUCAAAAGUAAAACUGCUAUUUCUGCUAUUGAGGUAAGUCUAGAUGGCAAACAAUUUGCAAUCACAUCACCAGAUCGAAGAAUACGUAUAUUUUGGUAUAGAACUGGUAAACUAAGACGUGUCUAUGAUGAAUCACUUGAGAAUGCUCAAGAUCUUCAAAGAAGCGAUGUUCCUUUGUAUCGAUUAGAAGCUAUUGAUUUUGGGAGAAGAAUGGCAGUUGAAAGAGAAAUUGAAAAAACAGAAAAUGUCCCACAGCCAAAUGCACUAUUUGAUGAAAGCUCUAAUUUCAUUAUUUAUCCAACUCUCCUUGGUAUUAAAAUUGUAAAUCUGCACACAAACAAAGUUUCCAGAAUAUUAGGGAAGGUGGAAAAUAAUGACAGGUUUUUAAGAAUUGCUUUGUAUCAAGGUGAUCAAAGCAGUAAAAAAGUGCGAAAAAUUCCUGCUGCUGCUGUAAAUGUGAAUGAAAGCAAAGAUCCCAUGACAGAUCCUACUUUGUUAUGCUGUGCUUUUAAGAAACACAGAAUCUAUUUGUUCAGCCGAAGAGAACCAGAGGAACCUGAUGAUGCAACCAAGGGUAGGGAUGUCUUUAAUGAAAAGCCUCCUCCUGAUGAACUUAUGGCUGCAUCAGAUAUUGGAAAGUCUGUUACAACAUCUCUUCCAGAAAAUGUGGUAUGGGCAAUUGCAGAUUCUAGACGACAAGGCUUUCUUGGCUUCAAAGAGUUUAUUACUACAAUGCAGUUGAUUUCUAUGGCACAAGUAGGACACACAUUAAGUAGCGACCUCUUAAAUUCUGAUAUUGAUUAUGAAAAUUUGAAACCACCUGUUAUGGAUAGUCUGGAUGUCUUACUAGCUAAGAAAAAGCGUCCAAAAAGUGAUCCUUAA